GGUCCUCAAUCCUAGCACCCUCUUAGGCCAGAACAUUGACAGUUUCCAAGGAAAGGGGGAGAGUCUGUACAUCUGUUCCCCUUUUUUGCCUUGGCGUGCGGGCUCUCCUCCUUUCCCGCUUGCCUUGGAAACGGUCAAUGCUCUAGCCUAAUACCAAGAAAUAGGCAUAGGGAGGCACUAGGAUUGUCACCCAAGAAGAAAGGGGAUGGUAGCUUGAAAAAGUUUGGAGACCACUGUGUUAACCCCAUAAAAACCCAUCAACGGGAUGGGUGAUAGUCUUUCCACUAGGUGUAUCGCCUCAAAAGGCUGUACCAUUACCCAGCUAACAAUGGAACUGGCAGCUACCCAGUCAUUCCAUCUCUUUUAAAAUGGGAGCAAUGGUGUAUAUGGGACAAUCUCUCAUUCUGUCUUCUCUCCUCUCUUCAUUCUGCAAACUUUGAAUCUGCAUCCCUGGCAGGCCCUGUUCACAGGAUCCCAGGCAAAAAGACUGACUAGACAAAUAAAUGCUCACUUGGCACACAAUUCCUUUCUGGGAAGGCUGAGAGACAGUAAUGCUCUUGGGAGGGUGUGUAUGUGAAUAGAUAGGGAUCUUUUCAGGUAAGAGAAGACCAUCUUUGGUGCUGAAGCUAUUUCCACACUCCUCAUCUGAGGCUCCCUCCAAAACCUUGAGGAAAGAGGGCUCUGCUUCUGUUUCCUUCACUGCAUAUAGUUUACUUUGUUUGAACUGAGGUGGACAUCCUGUGGCCCUCCAAAUGUUGAUGGUGUACACCUGGCAUCAGCCCCUUGGAAGGCAUAACUGAUCAGUAAGGGGUGCUGGGAGUUGUAUUCCACCAUCACUUGGAGGAUUGUAAGAUUUCUACUCCUGAGUGAAAGCUAAAUCUUUUGGGUAAUUCAAGCUCAAAAGGAUUUUGUUUUUUAAACAAAUAAAGAAGGAACCCAUUAGAAGAUUAGUUGGCUUCAACUUAAGGCAACCCUAUGAAUGAGAGACUUCUAAGACAUCUGACUAUGAACAUGCUCAAACAGGCUUUAAAAGCUCAAUGUGAGAACCUCAGUUUAGUUAUUUUGUCUUCCAGAACCAUUUGUCUUUUUGGUGAUCCAUGGGUGACUGUAUAAAUGUGUGCACAUGUAAAACACCUCCAUUUUUAUAUUCUGCAGGUUUGCAUAGGUCCAAGAUGGGCUCCAAACGUAGGGAGAGAGAAGAACCUACACUGAAUUCCUCCUCCAUGGACGAAAUUACAGAAAAGAUUACAUCGGAACAGGUGACCUUUGGGGAUGUCGCCGUGUACUUCACAGAGGAAGAAUGGCAACUGUUAGAUCAAAACCAGAAAUCUUUGUACAACAAGGUUAUGAUGGAAAACUAUGAGCAUGUGUCUUCUUUAGGUGUUCUUGUGUUUCCUCAGAGAGCCCACACAAGAGAGAAACCAUACAAAUGCCAUAAGUGUGGGAAAUGUUUUGCUUACAAGUCAGUCCUUGUGAAUCAUCAAAGAGUCCACACAGAAGAAAAACGACACAAAUGCCAGCAGUGUGGAAAAUGUUUUGGUUGGAAGUCCUAUCUUGUGAACCAUCAGAGAAUCCACACAGGACAGAAAUCAUAUAAAUGCCAUGUCUGUGGAAAAUGCUUUGCUCAGAACUCACAACUGUUGAAGCAUCAGAGUAUCCAUAUGGGAGAAAAACCUUACAAAUGCCAUCACUGUGGGAAAUGCUUUGGCCAGAGGUCUGAUCUUGUGGUUCAUGAAAGAGUCCACACAGGAGAAAAACCAUAUCAGUGCCAGCAGUGUGGGAAAUGUUUUGCUCAGAAGUCAGUUCUUGUGGCUCAUGAAAGAAUCCACACGGGGGAGAAACUAUACAAAUGUCAACAGUGUGGGAAAUAUUUUGCUCAGGUUUCAACCCUUUUCAGGCAUCAGAGAGUUCACACAGGAGAUAAGCCAUACAAAUGCCAGCAAUGUGAGAAAUAUUUUGCUCAGAAAUCAGAUCUUGUAAUCCAUCAGAGAGUUCACACUGGAGAGAGACCAUAUAAAUGCCAGCACUGUGGGAAAUGUUUUACUCAGAAGUCAGUCCUUGUGACUCAUCAGAGAGUCCAUACAGGAGAAACACCAUACAAAUGCCAACAGUGUGGGAGAUACUUUGCUUGGAAGUCACACCUCAUCAAACAUCAGAGAGUUCACACAGGAGAGAAGCCUUACAAAUGCCUAGAGUGUCAAAAAUGUUUUGCUGACAAGUCAGUCCUUGUGGCUCAUAAGAGAAUCCACACAGGAGAAAAACCAUACAAAUGCCAGCAGUGUGGAAAAGGGUUUGCUGACAAAUCAAACCUUGUGACUCAUCAGAGAGUGCACACAGGAGAGAAACCUUUUAAAUGUCAGCAGUGUGGGAAAUGUUUUGUUCGCAAAUCAGUCUUUGUGACUCAUCAGAGAGUACACACAGGAGUGGAACCUUUCAAACACCUGCAAUGUGGAAAAUGUUUGGCUUGGAAUCCACACCUUUUGAAGCAUCAGAGAAUCGACACAGGAGAGAAACUUCAGAAAUGCCAGCAGUGUGGGAAAUGUUUUUCUGUCAAAUCAGACCUUUUGAAGCAUCAGAGAGUCCAUACAGGAGAAAAACCAUACAAAUGCCAGCAGUGUGGAAAAUGUUUUACUCAGAACUCCCACCUUCACAGACACCACAGAGUCCACACAGGAGAGAAACAGUACAAAUGCCAGCAGUGUGGAAAAUGUUUUGAUGACAAGUCAGUCCUUUUGGCUGACCAGAAACUCCACACAGGAGAGAAACCAUUCAAAUGCCAGCAGUGUGGAAAAUGUUUUGCUGGUAAGUCACUCCUUGUGGUGCAUCAGAGAGUCCACACAGGGGAGAAACCAUACAGAUGUCCGCAGUGUGGAAAAUGUUUUGCUGACAAAUCAAACCUUGUGACUCAUCAGAGAGCCCACACAGGAGAGAAGCCUUUCAAAUGUCAGCAGUGUGGAAAAUCUUUUGUUUGGAAUUCACACCUUUUGAGGCAUCAAAUAGUCCACACAGGAGAGAAGCCAUACACAUGUCUGCAGUGUGAAAAAUGUUUUAGUCGGAAGUCACAUCUUGUGAUACACCAGAGAGUCCAUACAGGAGAGAAAUCAUACAAAUGUGAGCAGUGUGGAAAAUGUUUUGCUCGCAAACAUACUGUAAUGCAUACGGGGGAGAAACCAUAUAAAUGUAAGGAAUGUGGAAAGGGCUUCAGUGAUAAUAGAUCAUGUACUAAGCAUCAAAGAACUCACACAGGAGAGAAGCCACAUGAAUGCAAGGAAUGUGGCAGGAGCUUCAGUCAAAAGAAGAAUUUACAGAGACAUCAAAGAACCCACACGGGGGAGAAACCCUAUAAAUGCAUGGAAUGUGGAAGGAGCUUCAGUCAGAGUGGGCAUCUGCAUACACAUCAAAGAAUCCACACGGGGGAGAAACCACAUGAAUGCAAGGAGUGUGGAAAGUGCUUCAGUGAUUAUGGCGCAUGUAUUAAGCAUCAGAGAACUCACACAGGGGAGAAGCCACAUGAGUGCAUGGAAUGUGGGAAGCGCUUCUCUUGUCGCAGGAGUCUACAUUCACAUAAAAGAACUCACACAGGGGAGAAGCCAUAUACAUGCAUAGAAUGUGAAAGGAGCUUCAGUCGGAGUGCACAUUUACAUGCCCAUCAAAGAACGCACUCAGGGGAGAAACCAUAUAAAUGUGUGGAAUGUGGAAAGAGCUUCUCUUAUAGCCACAGUUUACGUUUACAUGAAAGAACUCACACAGGGGAGAAACCAUACAAAUGCAUGGAAUGUGGAAAGUGCUUCAGUGAUCAUGGAACAUACACUAAACAUCAAAGAACUCACACAGGGUUGAAGCCAUAUAAAUGCAUGGAAUGUGGAAAGAGCUUCAGUGAGAGUGGUAAUCUACGUACACAUCAAAGAACCCACACAGGGGAGAAGCCAUAUAAAUGCAAGGAAUGUGGAAAGAGCUUUAGUGUUAGUGGACAUCUGCUUUCACAUGAAAAAACACACACGGGGGAGAAACCAUAUAAAUGCAUCAAAUGUGGAAAGAGCUUCAGGCAAAGCGCAAAACUACAUUCACAUAAAAAAAAAUCACACAGUGGAGAAACCAUAUAGUUGGCCCUCAAUAUUUACAGGUUUAUCUUCCAUAGAUCUGAUUAUUUUCAAGUUUGCCAUCAGUAGAAUCAUAGAAUAGAAUCAUAUAGUUGGAAGAGACAAUAAGAGUCCAUCCGGUCCAACCUCCUGCCAUGCAAGACUACACACUCAAAGCAGUCCAGACAAAUGGCCAUCCAGCCUAAAGGAGACACCACCACAUUCCAAGACAGCAUAUUCCACCAUCAAACAGCUCUUGCCAUCAAGACUUUCUUCUUAAUGUUCAGGUGGAA